AAUCAAUUUAACGGUCAAGUGUGCAGUACCAUCGAAACUGUUUCCAAUAUGAAGGCGUUCAUUGUGUUGUCCAUGGCUUUGGCCAUCGCUUCCUGCGCGGCAGUCGACGAUUCCAACGGCAAGAAGGAGAAACGCGGCCUCUGGGAGUUGAGCGACGAUCAUAGCAACUUCGGAUAUGAUGACCAUCUUCACCACUACGACGAUCAUCAUCACACCGUGAAACACGUCACCAAGAAAGUCCCAGUUCCAUACCCAGUUGAAGUUGAGAAACAUGUCCCAGUUCCAGUGAAGGUCCCAUACCCAGUCCAUGUCGAGAAGAAGGUCCCAGUCUACGUCGAGAAGAACGUCCCAGUUUACGUCGAGAAGAAGGUCCCGGUUCAUGUUGAUCGUCCAGUCCCAUACCCAGUGGAAGUAAAGGUUCCAGUUGUACAGAAGGAAUACGUCGAGGUCCCGAAGCCAUACGCAGUUCAUGUUGAGAAGCCAGUUCCAGUGUACGUGCAGAAGCCGGUGUAUGUUGAGAAGCACGUUCCAGUGAAGGUGCACAUCAAGGAGCACAAAAAGCACUGGGAUCUGUUUUAAGGCGUUUGUUGAAUAGAAGGAUGGUUGGUUGAACAAGA